AUGCGUUCCCAUCUCCCAUCUCUACGGCCCAAGUCAGAAGGUCCGUCGUCAGAUCUCUUCAUCGCCCUUGCGAACACAGAGCUUGAGACUCCGGCCACUCUCGCUCCCUUGGCCAUGGAGACUCCUCCUCAUCUGCUCCACCCCGUGGGAAGUGAAGCAGUCCCUACCUCAUCGAGUCUCGAUGUCCUCGCCUUGGACAUGAAGACUCUUGUCAAAAAAAUUCAAGAUUUGAGUCAUUUGGGCAUCGAAGACAGUAAAAUCACCUUGCCAAAGAUCUGCGUGGUUGGCGACCAAAGCACCGGUAAGAGUUCCCUCAUCGAGGGGCUUUCCGAGAUCAAGGUGCCCCGAAGUGCUGGCACCUGCACUCGGUGUCCUAUGGAAAUCAACCUUUCCGAAUGUGAGCCCGAAGAAUCAUGGAAAUGCACCAUUUUUCUUUCUUUUCGAUAUUGGUACGAUGCCAACAGGAAGUUCAGGGCUAUGUUAAAGAAGAGCGAGCCCCUCGGUCCUUGGCUUCAAGUAAUUGACCAAGAAGAUGAGCUUUUCAUCACGUUGACAGACAAAAGCAAAAUUCAAGACGCAAUUUGGUGGGCACAGCUCGCAAUUUUGAACCCCGGUGCGGACUUUCACCAUUAUGUUCCGGGAAAAAAUGCACUUACCGAGGAGACCAUUGAAGUCAAGUUCUCCCCAAAUGUUGUUCGUCUCGACAUUUCUGGGCCCAAAUUUCCAGCCUUGUCCUUUUAUGACCUCCCAGGGGUCAUCAGCCAGGCCGAGCACGAAGCCGAGAAUUACUUGGUGCUUCUUGUCGAGAACCUUGUCAAGCAUUACAUUUCUGAGGAACACUGCAUCGUUCUCCUCACUUUGUCCAUGACAGAUGAUGCUGGAAAUUCGAAUGCGGCACGCCUGAUUGGAAGAAUCAAGGGAGCAAAGGAGAGAACACUCGGGGUGUUGACGAAACCAGACAGACUGGCUUCUUUCGAGUCGUUCACGCAGUACAAAGAAAUUUUGGAAGGGAAGGUGUAUGGUUUAGGCCAUGGAUACUUCGUGGUCAGAAACAAUACCGAUCCAGAAAUACUGCACGACGAUGCACUCACUGAAGAGGACGCCUUUUUUGCGGAUCCUUUCUGGUCCGUGAAAAUGGCUGAUUAUCAUCACCGUUUCGGAACCCGCCGCCUCCAAGUCGCUCUGUCAGCUACGCUCAUGGAGCAAAUUCAGAAAUCCCUGCCUUCCAUCAUUCGCCAAAUUGACGAGAAAGGAAAUCGCAUUGAUGCUGAGCUGGACACUCUCCCAGACUCUCCUUCCGAGGAUGUGCAGCGGGUUCUAAUGGAGAAGACGAUCACUCUAGGUCUCAAGCUUCGAUGGAUAUUCGAGGGUGGGACUAGCUUCGGAAGAAAAUGGUGCGAUCUGGUAAAAGACUUUCAGACGGCCCUAGAAAUUACACGCCCGACGCUGCGCACGUGUACCGACAGUGACAACAUCUGCAUGAGCGAGAAGUACGAUCCCGACGCCGAGAUGGUCAUUGCCUCGGGCUCUCCUGCUCGAAAGAGAAAAGCGAAUGGCCUUGAAGUAAAAACACCUGAUCGGAAGGCGCAAAUCGUCAAUGCUCCAAGUGGUUCGACUCAGGCAAAGGAUUGCGUUGGAAAGAUCUACAAAACUGCGUGUUUUAGGGAGUGGACGGGGCCGUUCAUUAAAUUCACGCUGGAUGGAAUCCGGUUAAUCAAGGAAGAGUCCCACCGCGCUGGGAUUCCCAACCAGAUUGACCCCAGUGCAAUUGAAAAGCUGAACAAGGAAAGUGUCAAGAACUGGAAUGUACUCGCAAAUGCUUUUGUUAUUGCUACCCAUGGUAUUGUCCAACAGGUCUUGAUUAAUUCUCUGGACGACGUGAUUGCCCAGUAUCGCCAGACCGGGCUCUAUCGAGAGCUGCACCGGAUUAUCACGACUUAUCUUUUACGACUGCGCGCCAAUUACCUUCUGGAUGUGGAUACUCAUUGCUGCAUCGAAAAUGACAAUCCGUUCACCAUGGCCCAGGCUCAGCACAAGGAAGCUUCUCUGGAGGCACUGGCAGCACUAUCCAGAACCCGCCAAGCCUCCCGGGGUAAGGCUUGGCUUCAGGUGCAUGCCCAUGCCACGGAAGAUGGCCCAAAGCUCAGCAAGGCCCCUGACGACCUCGGGCCUGACCAAUUCUCACAAGAACUGGAUAUGAUGGCUAGUUCCCGCGGAUACUACCAGAUCGCCAGCUCGCGCUUCCUGGACGUCAUCUGCCAGCGUGCUUACCUCAACAUAUUCGACAAAUGUCAGAAUGAAUUGAUCGAGGUCAUCAACACCGAAUUGAACGCCAAUUUAGCCUUCGAACGUUGUAUGGAGUUGAUGGCGGAAGAUCCUGAGCGGCAGGCCCGUCGGAAUGUAUUGACCAAGGAAAGAGUCAAGCUCACCCAAGCUCAAGAGUGGCUCGCCGCAGUCCACCAGAGUAAAGACGAGAGCUCUGACAUUGGCACCUUCACUGAGGAAAUCUUGGAAGUUGUAGAAGCGGAGUAA